AUGCGAACGGUUGAGAAUGAGCGUAUUGAUGAUUUUAAUUUGUUCAGUAAAAAGAUUCCAUGUAUAAGUGUUCAUUCUAUUGAGCAACAAUUUCAAGAUCUUUACACCAAUGAAAAAUUCAAAGAAGUUCAAGAGGAGUUUAAGAGACUUAUGAAUUGUUUGUCAUGUCUACUUAAAAGUGAAGGAGCAAUUUCUACGUAUGAAGUUGUUGAUCGUGUCAAAGUUAAUGAUGGCUUCAGAAAAGAAGUAAGGCAUGCCUUUAUUGUACUCACCAUGAUAAAGAAGGUUGACCAGUUGCCUUCCAAAUAUAUUCUUGACCGAUGGAGGAAGGAUUUGAAACGAAAAUAUGUCAUUGUUAAGAAUUGUUAUCAUGAUAAGAGUGACAACCCAGAAACACAAAUAUAUGAUGAGUUGUGUUGUGAUUUUUAUGAAGUAGUAGAAAUUGCAUCAAAAGAUGAGGAAGCUCGCAUGCUGGUGAAGAAUAGUUUGAAUCAGUUAAAGGUUCAAUUGCUUCACAAGGGAACAAGGGGAAAAAGCUCUAAACACAUUCCAGGUACAUAUGUCAUAUCUAACGAAGCGAUUGUUGGAAAGUCUCAAGAAUGUAGUAAGUUGCGAAGUCCUUUAGUUGCAAAAAGUAAAGGGAGGCUACAGUCAACACAAAUACAGUCUACAGGAGAAUAG